GUGCAUUUCGCUCCAAGAUUCUACAAAAAGCUUUCCCGCAGUCCAGUUGUGGAGAUUUCUACACGCAGAACAAUAAAAAAAGAAUCAACAAAAACCAAUAAAGCAGCGAUAAUAAACGCUUAUUUAUUGCAGCUCACAAGUGGUUCAUGUAGAUAUUGACAAGCUAAUCAGGGCGAAAACACACCAGUUGCUCCCCGGCAUUCAUAAUCGUAACGCUAGGCAAAAAUGGCUUGCUUUCAAAUGGGAUCCUGUCACGCGGUGCCGAUGACAUUAUUCAAAAACAAUAGGAAUAAAGUCUGCAAGGCACUUCUAGACAAUUCACUGGAUAGCCUAAAGUUAGGCUCUGGUCAGCUGCUCAUUCUUCUAGAGGGUGGCAAGGAUCAGAGCCUGUACAAUACUGACGUUGACUAUGUGUUCCGGCAGGAGUCCUACUUUCAGUACAUGUUUGGCGCCAAGGAACCCGGUUGCUACGGCAUACUUAGCAUUGAUGUAAAGACGGCUCAACCAACUUCCGUUUUGUUUGUGCCCCGUUUGCCCGAGGAGUAUGAGACAUGGAUGGGUGCUUUGCUGAAGCCAGAGGAGUUCAAGGCCAUGUACGAGGUAGACGAGGUCUACUAUGUCGAUGAACUCGAAGCCUAUCUGGAAAAGACCGCACCCAAGCUUAUACUAACGUUAAGUGGCACAAACAGCGAUAGCGGCCUCACAAUGCAACCGCCGGAGUUUGCAGGCAAAGAGAAAUAUGUGACAAACUGUGAUCUGCUCUAUCCCAUACUUUCGGAAUGUCGCGUUAUCAAGUCCAAGGAGGAGAUCGAGGUCUUGCGGUAUGUGGCCAAGGUGUCUUCCGAUGCGCACAUUAAAGUUAUGCAGUUCAUUCGCCCUGGGCGUAUGGAAUACGAAGGCGAAUCUGUGUUCUUGCAUCAUGCCUAUGCCGUGGGCGGCUGCCGGCACGCGUCAUACACCUGCAUCUGCGGCAGUGGCACCAAUUCGGCCAUAUUGCAUUAUGGACACGCUGGUGCACCCAACAAUCGACCCAUUCAAAACGGCGAAAUGUGUCUCUUCGAUAUGGGCGCCAACUAUUGUGGAUAUGCAGCUGACAUCACCUGCAGCUUUCCGGCAAACGGCAAAUUUACAGAGGAUCAAAAAUUCAUUUACAAUGCGGUGCUGGCCGCACGCAAUGCUGUCAUGGAGACGGCGCGUGACGGCGUCUCCUGGGUGGAUAUGCACAAACUGUCCGGUAGGGUGCUCCUGGAGCGCCUCAAGGCUGGUGGCAUGCUUAACGGCGAUGUUGAUGAAAUGCUUGAGGCUGGCCUCUCCGGAGUGUUUCAGCCACACGGCCUGGGUCACCUGAUUGGCCUGGAUGUCCACGACGUGGGUGGCUACCUGCCCGCUGAGCCUCGCCGUCCCAGCGAGCCCUGGCUAAGCAAGUUGCGCUUUGCUCGCAUCCUCAAAGCGGGCAUGUAUGUAACCAUAGAGCCCGGCUGUUAUUUCAUAAAACAACUUAUGGACAAGGCGCUCGCUGAUCCGCAAAUUCGCAAAUACAUCAAUGUGGAGAUGUUUGAACGUUUUCGCAACUUUGGCGGUGUACGCAUUGAGGAUGACGUGCUGAUCACCGAGACCGGUACCGAGAACUUUGCAAUUGUACCACGCACUGUGGAGGAAAUCGAGGCAACAAUGGCUUCCAAAUAAAUUGUUAAAUAAUGUCCACAUUUACGUGGUAUACUAUAAUAUAAUUUCGUAUACCUAUACUAUAU